AUGGGAAGCCUGUUCUUGAACCAGAUGAAGAAGCAAGCAUGUUCUUUCCUUCAAGAGAAGUACAAAACUGCAAGGCUGGCUCUCACCGACAUCACCCCAAUCGAAUUACUGACUGAGGAAGCAACAAACAACGAACCAUGGGGUCCUGAUGCUAAAACCAUGACUCAAAUCGCCGUCGCUUCAUUUGGUGUCGAUGCUUAUUGGAGAAUCAUCGACAUUCUUCACAAACGGCUGGAUACGGUAGACUGGAAGCAAUGGAGGCAAUCCUACAAGACAUUGGUACUUCUGGAGUUCUUAAUGACCCAUGGCCCUGAGGAACUCGCCUACGAAUUCCAGAACGAUAUCGACAUCAUCGAAGAGCUUGGCACAUUCCAGUUCAUUGACGACAAAGGAUUCGACUGGGGAGCGAACAUGCACAAGAGAUCCGAGAGCAUUCUCGGCCUGCUCCGCGGCGGCGGGACCGCCCUCAGAGCAGCUCGCCUCAAAGCCCUGAAGAUCUCCAAGGAAAUCCAAGGGUUUGGCAGCUCCACUCCUUCUUCCGCCGCCGCCUCCUCCUCUCCGACGUCUCCCGCUGCCACGGCCACCCCGUCCUCCGCCGUCUCCAAUUCCUCCUUCGCCUCUGCGGGCUCCACGUUCGAGGACAUCUGCCGCAUCGAGAACCUCGCCCUCGCCGAGGAUCUUGACCAGCUGAACGACCCCGCAGCAGCUGAAUCACCCACACUUCAUAACGAUCAUAACAACAGUGAUGAUACUAAUCAUAAUGAUCAUCAACCGGUGAAGACUCUGCGAUUGCGGACCCACCGCUGGGAAUACGGCUAUCCAGUUCAGGAAAAGGGCUCUCUUUUGGACGUUGGUGAUGAUGAGGUCGAAGAUCGUAAGCCGUCCGAUCAACAAGGGCUUGUUGGCAGGUUUUGCGACAAGAUGAUGACCACUUCUCCCAAGAAGAACAAGGACUACGGUGAGAAGAAUGGUUACCAUAACAACGGCAACGACUUCAGGAGCUUUUCUGAUGUGGGCAAGUUCUUGAAGAAAAGAUACGAGCGCCAAUUUUCUAUGGGGUAUUGAUUAAUAACAUCUACAUGCGUUUUUCAGCCAGGUUAUAUAUAUGGAUGGAGAAGUUAUGGAAUGUUUUCUGUACAAUGGUAUGAACAUGAUCAGUCACUAGAACGAGCUCUUAGAUCAGUUGAUUAUAAUGCUAUUGUGAGUAACAUUGUGUUGAGGUUUUGUAUGAGUACGUACGUAGGAAAGAGAUAUAUAUAGUAGAAGGGCUUUGAAUGCUUGUAAUUGAUUUAUGUAUCAUGUGUGAACAACCCUUAAACGUCACAGCAACAACAACAUAAUAAUAACAGUAUGACAGCA